CCGGCCGGCCGGCGCAGCGGCGGCUGACGUGUGCCUAGGGGCGGCGGCGGCGGUUCCUGGGCCCAGACCGGAUCAUGUCGAAAGUCACCUUUAAAAUCACGCUGACGUCGGACCCGCGGCUGCCCUACAAAGUGUUAAGUGUGCCUGAAAAUACACCUUUCACAGCCGUCUUGAAGUUUGCCGCAGAAGAAUUCAAAGUUCCUGCAGCAACAAGUGCUAUUAUAACAAAUGAUGGAAUAGGAAUAAACCCUGCACAGACAGCGGGAAAUGUUUUCCUAAAGCAUGGUUCAGAACUACGGAUUAUUCCCAGAGAUCGUGUUGGGAGCUGUUAAUAUCUACUGAGUGGUUUUGGAAUAAGUGAAAUCACCAUGCUAAAGAGUAAAUGGUCGUAUUUAUUUUGGAUUUCUACAGUACAACUAAUGAAUCAGCCUGUUAUAAAAUUACUUACAAUGACUACCUGGGAUUUAAAAAUUAAUUAAAAGCGGAGUUUUCAUUUUCUUUCCCUGUUAGCAUUUAGCAAAUCAUAAGCUAGCCUGGCCCUUCAUCUACUAACAGAAGGAUGGUCUGAUGUAAUGCUAUAUUCUUGAAAGCAGGAUGGACCUCUUUCUUUUUAGUAACAGAUCCUCUUAGGAAAUGUUAUUGAAAACAAAAGGGCAAACCUUGUCAGUAGAAACAUACAACUGUGAUUGAUAGAUUAAUAACAGAAUCCUGUAUUUAGAAGUUCAUUUUGUGGAAGGAGAAGCUGUAUUUGAUUUUUUAAAAAGGAGACCAUUAGGAGAAAAUUCUUUCCUACUGAAAGCUAAAAAACAUUAGUCUAAUCCCUGAAUUAUGUAUAGUGUACAUUGUCAAACUCAAAGAAACAAUUUUCCUCGCAGUUAAAAUUUUCAAUCCAAAUAGAAGGGGUAUCUUGAAAACUUCAGACUCUUGUUACUGAAGUAUGCAGAAAACUUCUAAGAAAUGUAAAUACUUGGCUAUAAUCAUAAGGUACUGGAAAAUUUUUAAUUAAAGAAAAAUAAAUGUACUUUUGUUAAAUCUUCAUUUGAGCUUCAUUGGUCAAACUAGCUUUUACAAAUUUUCACUGAUACUGGAUUUAACAUUAAAUAAAGUGCCCUCAACUGAAAGGUGUUGUAAAAUCACAAAUCAUGGGAAUCCCAUGCGCUGUAUGAUAGGGAUUUAUCAGUUGAAUACUACAUUCCUUUAUCAGCAAACAUAUUUAUUUGAGGAAAAUGUCUUAGUUUGUUGCUACUGUAUGUUACUUGGGAAACAGUGGUGGAAUCACUUGCAUGUUUGUAUGUUCAGAAAUUAAGCAUUUUGUUUAUAAAUUGUCUGAAGUUAAAUUGUUACAUCAACCAUGGACCUACAUUGGAGAAACCAGUAUGUCUUGUUUUGACACACAAUGAUAUACUGUAGUUUCAAGAUAGUAUGCAUUUUGCCAAACAAAUCAUCAUUGUGUUUUAUCUGUCCUCAUACAUUUAAUUUAUUGAGGUUACAAAAAAUGGAACAAUAAACGAUAAUACUUC